AGCGGUGCGGCCAACCAACGCUCCAGUAAUCUGCUCAGGCUCGAGGCCAGAACUGGAUAUCAACUGUCCGUGUCCAGCGGUGUCCAGAGCCGGGUGGCCGACCUGUCGUCCAGGAGAAGGCGCGGAUGUAGGCAAAGCCUCCCACCACCCGCAAUGUGUCGACUGGGUGUCCUGCUGCUGCUGCUCCCCUCGGCCUUCGUGGCGUCCUCUGCUGCCCCGAUCCAUGACGCCGACCCUCAGGAGGGCUCCUCCGGCUUUUUGGGCCUUCAGAGUCUUCUCCAAAGCUUUAGCCGACUGUUCCUAAAAGAUGACCUUCUACGAGACCUGGACAACUUCUUCUCCUCUCCCAUGGACUUCCGGGACCUUCCUAGGAACUUCCAUCAGGAAGAGAACCAGGAGCACAGAAUGGGAAACCAUACCCUCUCCAGCCACCUGCAGAUAGACAAGAUGACUGACAACAAGACAGGCGAGGUGCUCUUCUCUGAGAAGGUGGUGGCGUCCAUCGAACCAGAAAGGAACCAGGAAGGUGACUGGAAGGUGCCCAGAGUGGCGGAGAAAGAGACGCUGGUGCCCGAGCAGAGAGCCACAGACAGCUUGCAUCCAGAGCCCAGGCGGGUGGCUUUCUGGAUCAUGAAGAUGCCGAGGCGGAGGACCCAGCCAGAUGUCCAGGAUGGGAGUCGCUGGCUCAUAGAAAAACGACAUCGCCUGCAGGCCAUCCGGGAUGGGCUUCGUGGAGGCUCCCAUGAGGGCAACCUGGAGGAAGGGGUCCAUGUCCCACAACAUGUCAAGGUGCCUAUCCGAAAGACACACUUUCUCUACAUCCUCAGGCCAUCCCAGCAGCUAUAGGGUGGGAACCAGAUGCCCCUGCAUGUCCCAUACCCUACCCCAGCACCAUAUGGAAAUAAAGUUUUUCUUACAUCUAGCACUAUCUCCUUUUGGCAUCUGUUCCCAAACAGGCCAG